UGGGGGUGUAAUAGACAUGCUUAACACACCAUUAAACGGUUAAUGGGAGUCUACUAGCACUCCCACCAUGCUGAGCCAGCCAAUAGGAGACGCGUCAUAACAGCGAAUUAUCGUAAAGCGGGCUAGUGAUGCCCGGCGAGGAAGGGCUGUCUGCGGCAGGCAUGCGGGGGGAAGCGGCGGUCUGACAUGAUGAAGAUACAGGACGAAGCGGACAGGACGCUGUUCGUGGGGAAUUUAGACUGCAGCGUGAAGGAGGAUAUUCUGUACGAGCUCUUUCUCCAGGCAGGACCGCUGACCAAGGUGAACAUCGCAAGAGACAAAGAAGGCAAUUUGAAGUCUUUUGGGUUUGUCUGCUUCAAACACACAGAAUCCGUGCCUUAUGCCAUCGCCUUGUUAAAUGGCAUCCGACUAUACGGGAGGCCGAUUAACCUUCAGUAUCGGUUUGGAAGUUCUUACUCUACAGAAUCGACCAAUCAAUUGCAAGGCUCGGAUAAUGGCUUCACAGCCCUUCCAACUGGCUCAGGGACUGUACCAAUGGGAGAUGGCUAUGCUUCGUCACCUACUAUGGCCAAUAUGGAUAAUGGCUAUUUGCCACAGGCCUAUUUUCACUUUCAUGGCAUGAUGAACCCACGCUUAGGCCCUCAGAAUCCUGCUUAUGGUUGGGUGGCCCCGGAACCUGCAUGUUAUAAACCCGACCUUCCAUGGAAUAAAAAUGGUUCCUUUCCAUCGUACAGUGAAAAUAUUUCCAGCUGUUCUGCGGGACCCAGUUCUAUGAGCAGGGACCAGACGAGCCCUAAGGAGAAACAAUGGGGUCAAACACCAGCCUCAAGAAAAAGGAAGAGAAACACGGAAACAAAAUAUUCUGAUAGCGACGACUCGGAUACUCGCAUUGAAGAACAAGAACGGAGCAAAAAACCUAAAAAGCACAAGAGUAAAAAAAAAAGACGCCACUAAACACAUACUGUAGAUUAUUCCCUUCCAUUAUUGCACUAAAAUCAUCUGUUACGAUGCCACAGAGCUAAUAA